AUGGCCAAGUCUGUGACACAGAAGAGACGGAGAGAGGCAGAGGCCGACCAGGAACGCCGCCAUGAGGAAUCCAGCGACGCCCAGUCGGCCGCGAUAACUGCGCCGCCGAAUAAGAAGGCUCGUGUCGAGGAGCGCCGGUCGAUUUUUGUCCGCUCGCUGCCGACGACUACCACCAGCGAGAAGCUGACCGAGUUUUUCUCGGAGCACUUCCCCGUCAAGCACGCCACCGUCGUAACGGACCCCAAAACCAAGGAAUCUCGGGGCUAUGGAUUCGUGACCUUCACCGACGCUGAGGACGCUGCCGAAGCCAAGGCCAAGCUGGACAACCAGCUGCUCGAGGGCCGCCGACUGCGACUCGAGAUUGCGGAGCCGCGUAGCCGGCCGACUGCGACAAACGGCUCGGCCAAGGCCAUUGCAGGCGCCGCGGCGGCUGCCGACAAGAAGAAGAAGCGCGAGGAGGAUAUGCUUGAGGCACGCAAGGCGCCCAAGCUCAUUGUGCGCAACCUACCGUGGAGCGUAAAAACGUCGCAGGACCUGGCGGCGCUCUUCCGUAUGUACGGAAAAGUCAAGUUUGCCGAUCUGCCAAGCUCCAAGGGAAAACUGUCGGGCUUCGGCUUUGUUACUCUGCGUGGCAAGAAGAACGCGGAAAAUGCCAUCGUGGGUGUCAACGGCAAGGUCGUGGACGGGCGGACGCUCGCUGUCGAUUUUGCUGUCGACAAGCAGAAGUGGGAAGAGCUACAACAGAAGGAUAGCGGCGACAACAUCGACGACACCGAGGGGACGAAGGAUGCCAAGUCGCCCAAGAACAAGAAGUCCAAGGCUGGCAAGGAGGCUUCUGGUCCACCAAAAACCGCCGAGCAGCUGCAGGCAGAGGAGGAUGUGCGGAACUUUAUGAAAGACAAUAUGGAGAAUCUCGAGGAGGAGGAGGAUGACGAUGACGACGCAAAGGACGACGACACAACUAGCGACGAGGAGGGCUCCGAAGAUGAUGAAGAGAAGGACUGGGAGGAUGAUGACGAGGAGGAGGAUGCGGUGGAGGCCCCCAAAAAGGUCCUGACGAAUGACAAUUCGUCCACGCUUUUCGUUCGCAACCUCCCUUUCACGACUACGGAUGCCGAGUUAAAGUCACACUUUUCAAAGUUUGGACCGCUGCGGUACGCUCGCAUUGUCAUGGACCGGGCUACCGACCGGCCUGCCGGCACAGGCUUCGUUUGCUUUGUGAGCGAAGAGGAUGCCAAGGCCUGUGUGCGCACCGCCCCGCGUGCUCAGAAGCCGGCAGUCACCGGCAAGCACUCGGUGCUGCAGGACGAGCGCGUGGACCGUGACGGCCGAUAUACACUGAACGGUCGUGUGCUGCAGGUGGCACAGGCUGUGUCGAAGGCGGAGGCGACAAGGCUGUUCGAGGAAGGCCCUGCUGCCCAACGGGCCCGGGAGAAGGACAAGCGUCAUCUGUUCUUGCUGUCCGAGGGCACGAUUGCGGUCGGUUCACCGCUGUACAACCUGCUUCCCGCGCCCGAAAUCAAGAUGCGCGAGGCCAGUGUCAAGCAGCGCCAGACCAUGAUCAAGAGCAACCCCAGCUUGUCGUUGAGUCUGACGCGACUUGCUAUCCGCAACAUCCCGCGUCACAUUGAUUCCAAGGGCCUCAAGGAGCUGGCGCGCAAGGCUGUUGUGGGCUUCGCGACGGACGUCAAGGAGGGUCGCCGCCAGCCGCUGGCCCGCGACGAGAUUGCGCGCGGCGGUCAGCAGGACCGCGAGGCAGAGCAACUGCGGCGCGCCAAGGGCAAGGGCGUGGUGAAGCAGGCCAAGGUUGUGUUUGAGACGGAAAAGGGCACCAAAGUAGACGAGUCGAACGAGGGCGGCAAGAGCCGUGGCUACGGUUUUAUUGAGUACUGGUCGCACCGUUGGGCGUUGACGGCGCUGCGCUGGCUCAACGGCCACGCGGUACAAAACGGUAACAAGACGAACCGCUUGAUUGUCGAGUUUGCGAUUGAGAACGCCAACGUGGUUGCACGUCGCAAGGCCAACGAGGAGCGGUCGCGCAACCCGCGCCCACCGCGUCCAGAGGGUGAGGCGAACGACGAAACCAACGGUUCAUCGAACGGCCGACCACGCGGCAAUUCCAAGGUUGGCAAGUUUGACAAGCCGAGCAAGUCGCAGAAGCCAUCAGAGAAGCCUGGCAAGUUCAGCAGAUCGGAGAACUUUAAUAAGUCGACAAAGAACAAGAAAGGAGCAUCUGAGCAGGGCGGCGAGAAGACCCUUGCGCAAGCAUCCAAGGCUGCCAAGGCAGCAGCCAAGACCGGCAAGGGCGACACGGGCACCGAUGGUGUGCGGCCGUCCAAGAAGGAGCGGGCCGAUGCGAAGCUGGCCGUGCGCCAACAGAUUAUCCAGCGGAAGCGCAUGAUGCGCAAGAAGAAGGGCGCCUCUCGGGGCUGA